AACAGAUGAGCACAAAUGUGUGAACUUCCCAUUUUUUAGAAACAGCUGCUAAAAUUUUAAUAACUGGACAAUCUGACUGAUUUAUUCAGUAUUGGAAAGUCUUUAUAUGUUGAAUUGAACAUUUGCUUGUAAUAUACACCCACAGAUUUUUAGAGAGUAAAAACCUCUCGGCCACAUUGAAAUAAAUUUAUCCCAUUAGCUAGUACAGUUCAAGACAGAAAAGCUACUUAAAAAUUAGUUUGUCUUUUUAUAACUUUCAAGCUAGAUUAGGGAUUCAUCAGGAUCUUUGGGCAAAUAAAGCAUCCAAGUCAUGUUUAGGGGAAAUUACGUUAAGAUCAUACUGUAGGAGUCUGAAAAUAUAAGAGUGAUAUUGUAUAUUUUCCUUAUUAUCAGAAAAAAAAAAGGCCAAAACCAAAAUUUAAUUGAUCCUUCUUAACACAUAUAUUGUCUGUGUAGCCAAAGCCGCAUUCCUUUGUUGCCCCAAAUGUCUUAAAAUCACAUGAAUGAGCCACACUUGCACUGAGUGACAUGUAGUUUAUUUUGAGUUAAUUCCACAUACACCAUCCUGCUGUUGUAAAUAUUCACCAGAGCACCAAAUGUGUAUUAAUCCACAGCUGAAAGUAGACCCUAAUGAGCCCUAUUUGAGUCUCAUUUGCUAAAAAACUGCAGUGCCUGGCUGUUUUAGGAAGUUUAGGACUUGUUUUUUAAGAGUCUUAAGUUUGUGCUAAUUGGCAUUUGGGCUGAUGCAUCUUUUAUGAGAUGUGUUAACACUAACAAAAAUAGGAAAUAACACAAUCCUUAUUCUUUGAGAUGACAAUUCUAGGCUCAGUAGGUUUCAGUCAAAGUGCUAAUCUGCUCAUCGGGCAGCUCGAGGGUGCUUUGCUCCGCUCUAAAACUUGAUCUGUUGGCACCUGCGUCUCUCCUCUAACAGCCUUUUCAGAAUUUUUAUUCAGCAAGUGAGCCAAUAGCCACAGGUAAAACUGAUGGUGUGUCUGAGCAUGCUAUCAUCUUACUGAAGACGAGGAUUGGCAGUUUGGCAGGUUGACGAGGUUGACUCUUGUGAGUCUGAUCUCAUGUCGUGAUGCUUCCCACUUAAAGAACAUUAUAGUGCAUCAUGUUCUGAGGAGAGCUGCGUCCGCCCCGGUUGUAUCUCAGUCUGCUGAUGUCAGUUCAGAGUGUUCCCCUUUAGAAGUCAAAACAGCAUAUGAUUUGAUUUCAUGCUCUUUUAUCCUUUAACUAGUCUGAUAACAGGGACGGGAAAAAACAACGAUGUGUGUGUGUUUGGGCGUGUGUGUAUGUACAACUACUCUCCAUCAUCCCCUAGCAGAGGAUCCAUUAGCCUUGGACCCCCUCUGCGGUUGCCCGGUGAUAAAGUAAACAAAGUGUGUUUGGCCAAUCCGGCAUGCAAAUAUUUGUUCUGGAAGCUGCCUCAUCCGACGGGAGAGACACACGCGUCUGCAGCGGUGUGCUGAGGUAUAUAUACACUGACAAUCCUGACGGUCCAGUAUUACAUAUGCACACACACACACAGAAAAGUGGAUCCAUCAAUGACCCAAGACGGACCUCUGAUUUAAGCACAGAUUCAUCUGAACCUGGCACUUAAGUGUCAAUGAGCCAACAUGGCAGCAGGCGUCAUCAGAAGCUUCCUUGUCCAGGCCCCGACUCCAGCCUACUACCCCCUGAUUUUCCAGCACUCUCCAUGCAAGGAAGAUGAAGAUGUGGAGAUUCUGGAGGAAAAGCCAGAGGUCAGAGAAGAUGAGGAAGAAAGAGAGGUCGAGGAGGAGGAUGAAGAAUCUGAAGCACAGGAGGAAGAGGAGGAAUGUUUGGACGAGGUUUUCUUAAAUCCCACCCACCACACUUUGGAUGUGACCAAGCAGCUGCUGAGGUUUGCAGAUCUCAUCAGCCGUGACGUCCAGCGGUAUUUCGGUCACUGCUCUGGUGAUCAAGAAGCUUGUGACAUCUACAGCGACUCGGUCUCUGUCGCCACCAGCGGGCGUCUGCGUUACUAUGAUGACCUGCUGAAAAUCGCAAGAGCAGGAAGUCCAGAGGAGCAAGAAAGCAGCUUGGCCACUUGUGCUGAUGAUCAAGGAGUUGGGGUUGCUAAGGGCAACAGCGGUUUGGGGCCCCUGGCUGAACUGUUCAACCACAGGGGCCAAAGUCAGGGCCGCAGCCGGCCGAUGAUCAAGCGGCAUCUCCCGCUCAGUUUCUGGACUGAGCCGAUCCCCUGCUGCUCUGUGGUCAGUUUCAGCAACGCACCUGACGUCACACACACAAACAGUGACACACUUUCACAGGACAGCACACACACAGACGCUAACACGCACAUGCACUACAACGCACUUCCACAUCACAACACACACACCCUCGACAGCGCUCAGCCGGACUUCAGUGACCUGCUGGCGAACUGGGAUCCAAACCCGGAGCUCACACACACACUGACAGAGAACACACACAUGCAGCAUUAAACACAGAAACACACAGACACACUGACGGAAACAGUCACACUCACAGCUUUAUUUAUCUUGUUUUCAACUUUAAUACUUUCAAAAAGUUUAAUAAAAACAGAAACAAAUCGAUGUGUGUUGUGCACAGUUUUCUUCACUGCAGCUCAUCAUGUAUGUGAUGUCUGUUUUAAAGGGUCAGUUCACCCAAAUUUCACCCGAGUUUCUGACGGGGGAGACUUUUCACUCUCUGCCGUACUUCCUAAGAUAACUUUUGUUUGAUUAUUCUAACUAGCAGCAGAUGAAAGAUGAAGGACUCUCAGCUAUAGAUAAAUAUGUUUUGUAUUUCGAUUUUUUUAAAUAUAUAUUUUUAUAUAUUUAAAGGUCCCAUAUUGCGAAAAUGCAUUUGUGUUUGUUAUAAACACAAGGUUGUACAAUAAAAGCCAUGAAAAUGUGAAGUUGCCUACCACUGCCAUUCCUCUAGCUCCCUCAAAAUCAGACCACCUUGUAGCUUUACAUGCCAGUAAGAUUCUGAUCCAGUUUCUACGUCAAAACCAGAUAACCAGUCGUCAUAGCCCUGCCCCUUUCCAGAGAGGUGUCUCAUUGCGAGACAAGAGCCAAGCAGGACAAUGUAACCAUGUCACCAAAAACUGGCCUUGAAAAAUGGAUUAUUCCUGGUUGCAGUGCAUCAAACAGAUCAGAUGUAGCAGACAAUUGGAUGGAUUUUAUUUUUGGAAAGUUUCCUGGACAUGUCCAUCUUUUGGGGUGUGUGUCACAGCACAUUUUACCCCAGAGUGCAUACUCAAUCGGGGCUAAACGCUAUUGAAAUUAAUAUCGAAGAAUGGACCCACUCCAUGAAUGUUUGACAAUGAAAAAUGGAACUGUUUUCUGAAAUUAGGUGAUUUGUGAUUUAAGUCACAAACGUUUUGCAUUUGUGCAGAAACACCUCAUGAGUUGGUAGGCACAAUGGAAAAAAUGCUAUAGUUACAAAAAAAUAAAGUAACCAAUAGAAACAAUUUGGACAUUUGAUUUAAACAAGAACCACAAAACAUGAACAUUUAAUAGAAUAUCUGCUCAUUUUUUAAAAAACCAAAACAUUUUUAAGCAAUUCAUUUGUAAAUGCCCACUGGCCAUUCAAAAUAAUAAUAAAUUAACAAUAUAAACAUUAUUUUUAUACUUUCAAAAAUAGUUUUUUUUUUCUUUCAAAACACAGUUACAGUUACAAAUCUUAAUUUUACAAUUGGUUGACAUGUGCCAACCAACUCCACUCACAUUUA